AUUCUGCUCGUUCGCUUUGUUAUCGCUCUUUUUGCAUAUUCCUGUCGGAAAGAGCCCAUAUUUAUAGGAAAAAAUGGCUGAUUAUUUGGACGCCGAAGCUGAGGAAAGUGAGGAGGAGGAAGAGCUCGAUAUUCAUGAAAGAAAGAAGCUUAAAAAAUUAAAAGCUAUGCAGGAUAGUGACGAUGAGGAAGAUGAUGAUGAAGGAGUAGUUGAUGGACUCAUUGAUGAUAAUCCAAUUGAGGACAAUGAUGGCGAGGACAGUUAUGGAUCUGAUGAUUCUGGAAAACGCAAAAAGAGUGAUGAUGAAGACUUCGAUGACCGUUUAGAAGAAGAAGAUUACGAUCUGCUAGAAGAAAAUUUGGGAGUCAAAGUCUCAAGAAAACAUCGUUUUAAACGUCUUCGUAGAAUACAAGAUGAGGAAUCAGACGGUGAACAAGAAAAGGAGGCAGAUGUUGAAAGAGAUGCAAUUGCAAAUGAAUUGUUUCAAGGCUCUGGAGAUGAAGAUGAUGAAAGAAGCGAAGUCAGUCAUGGUCAUAGAACAGAAGCAGAAGCAUUUGAUGAAGAAGACAGCGAAGAUGAGGAUGAUUUCAUUGUGGACGGUGAUGGAGUACCCAUAACUGAAAAAAGGAAAAAGAAGAGACCUAUUUUCUCUGAUGCUGCGUUGCAAGAAGCUCAAGAUAUUUUUGGUAUUGAUUUCGAUUAUGAUGAAUUCGGAAAAUACGGAGAAGAUGAAUUUGAAGAAGAGGAGGAGGAAGAAGACGAGUAUCUUCAAGAAGAAUCAGAAGAGAGGCCAAGACGAUCGAAAAAGCAUUUGAAGAAAAAAAGCACAAAGAAAAGCAUUUUUGAGAUCUAUGAACCUAGUGAACUUAUACGCGGACAUUUUACCGAUGUGGAUAAUGAGAUUCGUACCACAGACAUUCCCGAACGCAUGCAACUACGAUCUGUUCCAAUUACACCAACAGUAGAAGGUUCAGAUGAAUUAGAUCUUGAAGCAGAGUGGAUCUACAAGCAAGCAUUCUGUCAACCGACGAUUUCAGUACAAGAUGCUCAUUUAAAUGAAGAAGCAAAAGAAAGAGCUAGAAAGGGACCACAGACAGUCGGGAAAAUUAAAAAAGCCCUGGAUUUUAUGCGUAAUCAAAACUUUGAGGUUCCAUUUAUUUCGUUCUAUAGAAAGGAAUAUGUCCUACCAGAAUUAAAUAUCAAUGAUUUAUGGAAGAUAUAUAAGUUCGACGGGAAGUGGUGCCAACUGAAGCAAAGAAAAGUGAAUUUAUUGAAAUUAUUCGAAAGAAUGAGAAACUUUCAAUUAGAUGAAAUUAUGAAAAAUCCUGAUGCUCCAUUACCUGAUAAUAUACGAGUAAUUAAAGAUGAUGAUAUCGAACGAUUGAAAAGUGUUCAGACUUUUGAAGAAUUGAACGAUGUUUAUCGACAUUUUAUGCUAUAUUAUAGUCAAGAUAUUCCAGCUAUGCAGGAAGAUCUUCGUAAAAAGCAGAAGGUAGCGCGUCAGAAAGAUAGAAUUGAAAAAAGAAAACAACAAAUUGCAGAAGCUGAAGAAAACGGAGAAGAUCCUCCAGACGAAAUACUUGAAGUGGAAGAGGAAGAAGAACCGGACGACGUAUUAAAGCAACCCAUUAGGAAGGGUCCGUAUACUAUUUGUAGGAAGGCUGGUUUAGACGGACUUGCUAAAAAGUUUGGACUCUCUCCUGAGCAUUUUGCUGAAAAUCUCAGAGACAAUUAUCAACGUCAUGAGGUAGAUCAGGAGCCAAUAGAACCUACUGUUAUAGCUGAUGAAUUCUGUUCAGCGGUUUUCAAAACGGACGACGAAGUGCUUAAAGCUGUACAAUUAAUGGUUGCAAUUCAAUUAGCGCACGAACCAUUGGUUCGUAAGAGCGUCCGAGAAAUGUACAUGGAAAGAGCAAAGUUGUCUGUGAAACCAACCAAGAAAGGUAUAAAAGAGAUUGAUGAAAGUCAUCCUCUUUAUGUGUUGAAAUAUAUUAAGGACAAGCCUGUACGAGAUCUUGUUGGGGAUCAGUAUUUAAAAUUAGCUAUAGCAGAAGAAGAUCAACUAAUUACGAUUUCCUUUAGCGACAUGAUAGAAGGACACACUAGCAAUAACUACAUUGAUGAGGUGAAGCAACUAUAUUACAGGGAUGAAUUUAGUAAAAGUGUGCAAGAUUGGAACUCUUUGAGAACUGGCAGUGUUGAAAUAGCUUUAACUCGUAUUAUAAUACCACAAUUGAAAAAGGAACUACGUACCAACAUUUUAACAGAGGCAAAGGAAUGCGUUAUGAAAGCUUGUUGCCGCAAAAUGUAUAAUUGGAUAAAAAUUGCUCCUUACAGCUGUGACUUUCUCGAAGAGGAUGACGAAGAUUGGAAUACCAGCAAAGGACUUCGAGUGAUGGGUGUGGCAUAUGUACCUGAUCCGUCCCAGGCCGCUUUUACUUGCAUAAUUGCUCCAGAUGGGGAGUGCACAGAUUAUCUGAGGUUACCGCAUUUAAUGAAGCGAAAGAACAGUUUUAGAGAACAUGAAAAGAUGAUGAAGGAGGCGGAUUUAUUAGCGAUUAAGAAUUUCAUUGCAACAAAAAAACCACACGUUGUGGUAAUAGGCGGUGAAUCUAGAGAAGCAUUAAUGAUAAUGUCUGAUAUAAAAGAUAUUAUUACCAAUCUAGUGGAAGAAGACCAAUUCCCUAUGAUACAAGUCGAAGUAUGUGAUAAUGAAUUAGCUAAAGUUUAUUCAAACAGCAAUAGGGGUGUAUUAGAAUUCAGGGAUUAUCCAGAUUUAUUGAGACAAGCCGUGUCCUUAGCUAGAAGAACACAGGAUCCACUGUUUGAGUUUUCGCAAUUAUGUACGGUAGAUGACGAAAUUCUGUGCCUUAAAUACCAUCCUUUGCAAGAUCAACUUCCUAAAGAGGAUCUUAUGGAGAAUAUAUAUUUAGAAUUUAUAAAUCGUGUGAACGAAGUGGGAGUAGAUUUAAACAGAGCAGUUCAACAGCCUUAUACCGCAAACUUAGUACAAUUUGUGUGUGGCUUGGGGCCUAGAAAAAGUCAAUCCCUAAUUAAGAUCCUGAAGCAAACCAAUCAGAGACUAGAGAACAGAACACAGCUUAUAACAGCCUGUCAUAUGGGCCCUAAAGUAUUUGUCAACUGUGCUGGUUUCAUUAAAAUAGAUACAAAUAGUUUAGGAGAUAGUACUGAGGCAUAUGUAGAAGUCUUGGAUGGUUCACGUGUACAUCCAGAAACGUACGAAUGGGCAAGGAAAAUGGCGGUAGAUGCCUUAGAGUAUGACGACGAGGAUGCAAAUCCUGCUGGUGCUUUGGAAGAAAUUCUUGAGUCGCCAGAAAGAUUGAAAGAUUUAGAUUUAGAUGCGUUUGCUGAAGAACUGGAAAGACAAGGCUUUGGAAACAAGUGCAUUACUCUUUAUGACAUAAGAGCUGAACUGAAUUCCAGGUACAAGGAUCUCCGUGUACCUUAUCAGUCUCCAAAUACGGAAAAAUUAUUUGAUAUUUUAACCAAGGAGACUCCAGAAUCAUUUUACGUUGGCAAAUUAGUUUUGGCCACGGUAGUUGGGAUAAGUCGUAGAAAACCACAGGGAGACCAGUUAGAUCAAGCAAAUCCUGUUAGAAAUGAUGAGACUGGCUUAUGGCAGUGCCCAUUCUGUUUGAAAAACGAUUUCCCCGAAUUAUCGGAAGUAUGGAAUCACUUUGAUGCUGGUGCGUGUCCUGGAAAGGCAACUGGGAUACGUUUGCGACUGGACAAUGGAAUAUCUGGUUACAUUCACGUAAAAAAUUUAUCUGAUAAACAUGUCAGUAAUCCAGAAGAAAGAGUACAUGUUGGUCAAGUGAUUCACUGCCGCCUAACGAAAAUCGAAGUAGAUCGAUUUAGUGUAGAAUGUACAAGUAAAUCUAGCGACCUUGCUGACAAAAAUCACGAAUGGAGGCCUCAGAGAGAUGUUUACUAUGAUGCAGAAGCAGAAGAAAGGGACACAAAGACUGAAGAAGAUGCCAAAAAAGUGCAGCAAAGGCAAACUUACGUGAAACGUGUUAUAAUUCAUCCUAGCUUUCAUAAUGUAAGCUUCGCCGAAGCUGAAAAACUGAUGCAGACAAUGAAACAAGGAGAAGCAAUAAUACGACCAAGCAGCAAAGGAUCUGAUCACUUGACAGUAACAUGGAAAGUCACAGAAAAGAUUUACCAGCACAUUGACAUACGGGAAGAAGGAAAAGAGAAUACGUUUUCACUCGGACGUAGCUUGUGGAUUGGCAACGAAGAGUUUGAAGAUCUGGAUGAAAUUAUUGCAAGACAUAUUAAUCCAAUGGCUGCGUAUGCCUCUGAGCUUUUGGACUUUAAGUAUUUUAAACCAACCCUAGAAGGUAUUAAAGAUAAAGCGGAGGAAAUUCUAAAAGAACAGAAGAAACAAAAUCCUGGCGGAAUACCGUAUAUUGUAUGCGCUGCGAAGAAUUAUCCCGGAAAGUUUCUGCUGUCGUAUUUGCCACGAACUCGUUGUCGCCACGAAUAUGUUUCUGUACUGCCUGAUGGAUUCAAAUUCAGAGGUCAAAUGUUUAGCAGAGUGAGCGACUUGUUCCGUUGGUUUAAAGAACAUUUCAGAGACCCUAUACCAGGUCAAGUUACACCUGGUACACCACAUGGAGCCAUGACUUCUAGAACACCGUACAAUAGUACUCCGGCAAUUAAUGGUGUAAAUCCAGAUGCAAUACAGAGGGUAGCUCAGAAUAUGCCACAUCACAUGCUACAUUCUCUCUCGAAGGUUGCAAAUCAAACUCCGCAUCAUUAUCCGCCAUAUACUCCAGGAACUGCAAGUGUCAAUAACUACGGAAUGUUUGGAAGUACUCCUUAUACACCUUCAGGGCAAACUCCAUUCAUGACCCCGUAUCAUACUCCGCAUCAUACCCCUCACCAUCCACAGACGCCCAGUCAUACUCAAGGACCAUUUUUACAACCAAUCCCACCUGCGUUAACUUCAAAUUCCCAUAGAUCUGCAAGAUCUCACAGACCCGUUUCUACUACAUCUGAUACAACAAACUGGACGAAAGCUGCUGAAGCUUGGGCACGUUCAAAGCAAUCUACUUCCAAAGAAUUUAAUACUACUCCCAGAUACGAUGAGUCCCGAAAAACACUAAGGAAUCAGGAAGUUCAAAACGAUAGAGCAACUCCGCGAAAUAGAACACCUUCUGCCCGCACACCAUCAUACAAAUCUCCUAGAGGAACUCCUUUCACAAAUUCUAGUCCUCGAAGUAUGUCUCUCAGCGGAGACGGCACCCCCCUGUAUGAUGAAAGUUGA